GCGUUUCCAUCACCAGCGUUCACCGCCGCAGGCAGGGCCACCGCAGGCAGGGCCUGCACAUUUCUCAACUUGUCGUGCUGGGCUGCUUUUUACGGCUAACCGGACUCCUUUGGUUGACUAUUCUCUUCAUAACCGUCGGCAACAAUGAUGAACCGCCCCGGACCCUCUCGCGCUGCCUCGCCGACCAACACCACUUACUCCGGGAUAUCCAACUAUCGUACAGACUCUUACCGUCCUAUGCCGCGCGACAGCCCUCCUCCAGAAAAGCUUUUGGAUUCGCACUCCAUCGCCCGCACACACUUCGAGGAGCUCAGCAAGUACCUCGCUAGCUAUCUUGCGAAGGAACCUGCCCACUCUCGCUCGACUGCCCGACAGAAGCUCACUCGUCUCACUCGUCAACAGUUCCAGGAACUCUCCACCGACGUCUACGAUGAGCUCAUGCGCCGUCGGAACAACACCACUGAGAACGAAAUUCCAUUUCUUCCUGUCAGAGACGACUUCCAUCCGAAGCGAAACCAAGCUCGCCAGAAACUCGCCACGCUGCCCACCGGACGGUUCAAAGACCUGUCCAGCGACGUCUACUACGAGCUCUCUCGGCGGUAUCCAGAAUUUAAGGAAGAUUCUGUCGUUGGCGCGGAUGUCAAAUCACCCGGCUCGAUCUACGAUGACUAUCCAUCCCCCGACUUUCCCACCUCGCCCCGCUCCAAGCCCAUGGCCACCACUGCUCUGCCCAGCGCCUUACGUGCUCCCGAUGAUCGUGCCAUCGAUAGUGGCUAUGGUCCGAGCCCUUCCUCUGCCAGGCGCCCGAGCGAAGACAAUUAUAACCGGCGUCGGCCUAGCCAGGAUGACUAUGCACAAAGGAGAAGGCCGUCGCAGGACAUGUACCGCCAGGGAGACCGCAGACGUCCGUCGCAGGAUACCACCGCCCGACGCUCAGAAGACCGUCGGCGUCCGAGCGAGUCCAGCGAAUCGAAUGCGCAGAGCGCCACUGCUGGUAUGGGCAUGAUCAUCCCGAACAAGAGCACCAUCGCGGAGGAGGAUAUCGAGGUGCCGUACGGGCGCGAGAGUACCGCAAUGGACGACCGCACGCACGCCAGUGACGACGAGGACGACGAGCGCCGCGGCCUCAGUGGGCUCAGCGCGCGCCUGCAGGCGGUUGAAGGUGAGGAGGAAGCGCGGAGUGGGGAUGACUACUUCGAUAAGAUGUCCUUUGGUCGCGCGUCGGUCACGUCCGACCGGUCCGCGCGGGGAUUGAAUGGGCGGACGAGCGUGGCUGGGGAGGAGCAGGAGCGCAUGCGGCGGGAUUACGAGUAUAAGGUCGCGACGAUGCAAAAGCGCAUCACUAUGCUUGAACGAGAUCUCGAGGAUGUGCAGCAACGUGAGAAGCGAUGGACUGCGGGUGAAGAACGUGUUCAAAAUGUCGAGGAGGAGCUGCGCGAAUUGCAACAGGGAAUGGCGAAGGGACGAGAGGCGGAGGCGAAACGGACGCAAGAAGACGAGGAAGAGCUAAAGGUAUUGCGGGAGCGGUGUGAGCGAUUGGAAUCCGAGCGCGUUCAAGCAGGACAGGGCAACAGUGAGAUAUUGGAUCAGCUGCGCUCCGACAUGGAGGCGCUCAUGGUCGAGCUCACCGACCUAUCGCACCGUAAUGAUAACUUGAUGACUGCGAAAGACUCCAACCUUGCCGUCAUACGAGAUUUGGACGCACAGCUGAAGGGGUACAAGCGCAAGUACGAGCAAGCUAAGACUGAGCUGAGGAGUGUCAAGGCGACAUCGCAACUAUUCUUACAAACACCAAAGAUAGACGACCAACUGCCCGUUUCUCCAGACGGCGGUUUGCUCGACAUUCACGUAACUGCAUUCGUAUCCGCAGUCGACAGUCUGCUCACCGCUGGCCGCUCAAAUUCGCCCACACGCGUGCUUACACCGAUGAAGGCCGUCGUAAAUGCCGUCGCCUCCAUCAUCGACGACGUUAAGGCGUUCGAGUGCCGUAUGCCCUCCGAGCGUGCAGACAUCGACAUGGACGCGCUGCGAGCGCUGCGCGAUCGCGCGGACGCGACACUCAGCAAUCUCGUGACCGCAACAAAGACGCAUGCGACGAGCUCCGGCAUGUCGCCUGUUAGUUUGCUCGACGCUGCCGCGAGCCAUGUCUCCUUAACCGUCACGGAGAUUGGCAAAGCGGUCUGCAUACGGAAGGCUACGAAAGCCGAGCAGGAGCAGUUCAACCUUGGACCGAGCGUUGCUGGUGUCACUUUGCGGUCAGUGGACGAGAUCAGGGCGGCCCACCAGAGAGAAGGGAGCAGCGCGAGCGCUAGUUCAAAGCGCAGCGAAGUGUUGUCAUCAUCAGAAAGGCAACAGUCUUUUUCGUAUGUCUCAUCAGGCCUCUCAAUGCUGGAUCAACGGCGAAGUCCUCCCUCCAACCUGUCCAGCUCUGAGGCCAGCUCGCCUCCGCCGAUCUUCGAUCAACCGAACGGUCGGAUCGGCGUAGCACUGAACAGCGACGAGUCGAUGACGACGGAGAACUUGGAGGAUGCAUGGACGGAGCUGAAGCCAUAUCUCGAAGCACAGACCGAGUCCAUAAUAUACGCGAUCCAGAGCGUGCUCUCAGGCGUGCGCAGCCCAACGCCCUCGCCAACACUGAACGAGAAUUUGACGCAGAUCAUCACAAUUGUAUCGAGCAUUGUCGCGGUAUGUAAGGACAAUCUCCCGCCGGCGUCAGCGACGCAGGGCGAGGCGAUCCUGGCGGAGCUCGGCGAGCACGCAAACAAACUGAGUGAAGUGCAGGCACUGCCAGAGGUGACGAAAGAGUCGCGCCAGGUCAUGGCCAAGUCCAGCUUCGCGGUUGCGAAUGCGAUGAAGGGGUUAAUGAAGUUGUAGUAUGGAUCUACCGGUGCCUCUUGGUUAUAUUAUUGUAGUGUAUGGCUCAGCGUCGUUUCGAUUGCUACCUAGUUGGAUACCUGACGGAUUGAAAGACCAAACCGGGCUAAUUAAUCGCUUGCUGGAUGAUUCGC